AUGUCAGAAAACAAAGUAUCAUCUUUUCCCAAGCAAUAUGAAGAAGAAGGACCUAUCACUUUUGAAGCCAGACCCGAUCCAGAAUCAAUUAUCAAAUUUUCGUGGUACUCAUCAUACUCAUUUGUGAUGGAAAACAUGGAAAUUAUGGAUUACAUGGCGAAUGAUAUAGGAAUGGAACAGAAUAUUGUCUUACUUGCUUCACUUCAAGCAAUAAAUUCAGGUUCACGAUUGUAA